AUGUCUUCCUCCGCCGCCCCCUCCGCCACCGUCGCUUCGGCCUGCGCUUCUCACCACCAUAAACCCUCCUUUUCUCGUUUCACCACUGCGCCCGCAGGCUAUUCUGCUACUCAGGAGGGUGUCCCUCACUCUCCCCGAGACGAAUCGCCCCAGAUCUCCAACUGCUCUUCUCCGGACGGAUCGCGCUCCAGCAGUCGCCGCCGUGACUCGUUUGGCUCUAUCAAGGAAGACGUCGACGGCGUCGCGCAGUCCUUUGUCGACACCCAUAUCGACCACCCCCCGAACGAAGAACCCGCCAAGCCCAACGUCUCGGAAAUGCUCCAGCAAGCUCCCGACUUUUGUUGUCCCUGUGGUGGCUUUUUAGGAUGGAAGCAAAUUCGCCUUGGCGGGAAGAGUCUGAGCCGGAGCUACAGUGAUCUCCGGGCGCUCGGGAGCUUGCAAACUCGUGGAUGGGCCUGGGAGACUGCUCCCGCCUUAAGUGACGCUCGUCCUUCCUUCUCCAAGGAAUUGAAGCCACCGCAGCCACAGCAAUUGCAACCUGUGCAGCAGUUGGAGCCUCAGGAAACCCAGCCGCCCCGCCGCACAUCGGCCCUGGAGAGACUCCCUCCUGAGGUUCUUGAUGUAAUUAUCUCCGACUUGGCAGUGGACAUCCCUCCCAAUGGCUUCACCCCGCGGAACGUCGACUUGGUUUGCUGCCUCUUGGCCUCCCGCACGUUGCACGCCGCCACCCUCGGUGUUUUGUACCGCAACAUGACCUUCCCCCACUCGAUCGUUUUUUCCAAGGGUCUCAACCACCUGACUCAGUAUCCCGCCCUGGGAACCCUCGUCCGUCGACUUGACUUUUCCCACUUCACCUCUGUCGGUCUGGGUCGCACCAAGCAGAUGAAUGCUGAGAUUCAGAAUCUUACUUCUCGGACCCUGCUGCAAUGCCUGAACCUUUUGCCCAACCUCAGGGAAUGUUUGCUCCAGGAGCACGUGGAAGGUGACAUCAGCAUCGAGAUUCUGCAGAAGUUGUUCUUUGGUUUACCCAACAUGAACGCCAUCGACUUUUGCGGCUGUUCCACCCAGUCCUUCUCGACCAUCUUCCUUGAGGCCUUGACCACUGUCUCGCCUCUUCCCCCAACUCUGCCCAACUUGAAACGCCUCUCGCUCCAUGAGUGCAGCAGUCUGUCGGCAGAAGCUUUCGAGCUCCUGCUUCCCCGCUUGGUCAACGUCACCCACUUGGACCUCACCCACACCCUGGUCACUGAGGAGGCGCUUCUGUCCAUCCCAAAAACGGCCCGGAUCACGCACCUGAGUCUGUCCCGCUGCACACGCCUGCGUGGAAACACCUUAGUCCACUUCUUGACUACUCAUCCUGCCGUGCGCGACUCGCUCGUUUUCUUGAACCUGCUCACGGAUGCGACCCGCUACCGCACUCUGGACGAGGAUCAUCUCCACGCCUUGCUCCCCAAGUUGCCGUCUACGCUGCGCUCUUUGAACCUGGGCGGUGCCAAGGUCAGCUCGGAGCACACUCGCUUACUUCUGCCCUUGACCAAGCAUCUGGACGAGCUUGGGUUGAGUUCGGCCGAUCUGACCGCCAAGGAUCUGAACACCUUCUUUGCUCCCCCGUCUCCUCCUCCUUCUCACUUGACGGGAGAACAGGAUGAUCAAAUGGCCAUUGACCAACCUCCGGCCCCGCCGGCAUCGGAAUGGGUUCCCCCGUCUCUGGCCUAUAUGGAUCUCAACAAGGUUCCUCAAUUGACGAUUGGCACCAUUUUCAACACCAACACCUGCUUGUUGCUCUCGCAGCAGAGCUACCCCCUGCAGGUCAUUGAAUUUGGUGACAAGAUCAUCGCUCCCUUGCGCGAGCGCACCAAGAACACCAAGUCCUCCUCCGGCUGGAUGAUUCGUGAACUGGGUCGACGUGGAUGGUACGUCCGUGACCCCGACUCGAUGCCCUCGCGCCUAUCCGACGACGGCUCUCGCUCCUGGAAAAUGGGCGCCCGUUGGUGGGGAAUGAGAAAAAUCCCCGUUGCCGUCGGAGACGUGGGAGGCAUCUAUGGACAUUACAUGUUCAAAAAGUGA